CAUUUGAAAAUCGUUCCAAACACCUCACAAAAACCCACACUACGAAUCUAGAAGUAGUCAGAAGAGUAAGAAAACAGAAAAGCAAAAAGAAUGAAGCCAAAGAAUGGCAACCUACCCGAUCUACCUCCUUGCCGAAAGCGGCCUCCCGCGAGACCACCACGCCCUCUUCGUCGAGACUCACGAUAACGGCCCCUCCACUGGCCAUAUCUACCACGUCAAAGGCAACAUCCAAGAAGGCAUGGUCUUUGAGCACCGGGCUGAGCAGACGCCGGAGGAAAUCCCCGCGUUCUGUGGCAAGGAGAAGCUUGGUGUGGUUGCGGUUGCGGAGUACGGGCGCGUCUUGGAGGUUUGUGAGGGCGUGCCGGUGCCCAAGAAGCAAUUCCAGGGAGCGAGAAGGUUGUAUCCGCGGGAGCCGUUGAGACGGUAUCAGGAGUGGGUUGCUGAGGCUGUUGAUGCUUUGAAGGGGGAGGGGGUUUUAGUUGAAAUUGGCUAGUUUGCGUAGUGGGCUGUUUUUGUUUACGUGGGGGUUUUACUGGGGCUAAGAGUGGUUUUGUUUUUGUUUUGUCAGUAUUGCUGGAUUAAAAUAAAUGUUUCUACUUGUU